AAUGCACAAUACUUUCGCAAACGAGAUGCGUGAGGCAGGAAAGGACACAACUAUAUCUCUGUCCUUUUUUAAUUCAUGCCGUUCGCGAAUUAACAGACUUUUAGGGUCUUAUUGGAGAAAGACCUUUAGAAGGAAAAGAGUCUGGCGCCUGCGUGCAUAUGCUUCAAAUGGAGUGACAGAGAAAGACAAUUUAAGUAAAAGAGAGACAGGAAAUUCAAAUAACUUUGUUGCCUGUUUCUGAAGUCCGAUCUUUUCAUAGAAGCACAUGGUAGUACAUGCCGGUAGCUGCAAAUUCGCUUUUAUAAUUAACGGCAGGUGUAUCAAGUUUUAUACAAUGCAGAAUACAGAAAAUAGUGACACUGCGUUGUUGGAAAUAGUUAAACUGAAUCCAUGUCUGUAUGACAGAAAUCAUCAGGUUUUUUAUACAAAAGUAGGCCUGAAAGAUGCAUGGUUGCAGGUGAAAGAGCAAUUGAAUCUCCGGGGAUACCCAAUUGACGAUCCCGAAAAAAGAUUCCAUCAAUUGAGGACUUAUUUUAUGAGGCACUACCGGGAAAAAAACUGUGGCUGGAAAUACUACAGCAAAAUGACGUUUCUUAUAGGUCAUUUUAAAUCCACUGUCGACUGUAAAACGAAGGAGACCACAUUUACUCAACCAGCAAAUAGUACGACAUUGUCUGCAGAAUCUGUCAUGGGACAAUUACAAAAAGGAAAAAGCCUAAUUGAUCCAUCUUUGUUUCUAAUACCAAGAGCACCGAAUGAUGCAAAUGGAUAUCCAAAUAAUGUUGGAAAUCAAAGAAGUUUUGCACUUCAGAACAAUUUUGCAGCUUCUAACACAUUCACCGUUUCCAGCAAGUCGUUGAAUGAAAUAUCUUCGCAUGAAAGAGGAAAAGGAACAGAUGAUCCAAACAAUCGCCCAAUGAAAAUUGGAGUAGCUUCUCUAAAUAGUCCAGUAUUUUCAAAUGUAUUUUCAAGCACGACUCUUGGUAAUAGGUUCACAGGACAAAUAGUAGAUGCAGGAAAUAUUCCUUCGACCAGCUCUACUAGGACAUCUAUUCCAAUGACUUUAAUUCAUUCACCUUCGCUGACGUUAUUACCAAUCGAAAUGUCUGGAUUAGAAAAUGGAGAAAGAGGGUCAGAACAAAAUAAUGAAACCUCAUUUUCAAACAUACAUACUCCUGAUAAUCCCACUAUUUCAUCUGAGUUUGAAGAUUGGGAGGAAAAAUAUCCAACACUUGAAUAUGAAGGGCUUGAAUUUCCAGAUGAAGUUAUAGAAUUAUCGGACGAUGAUUUACCUGCUGACGAUGCUAUUCACCAAAACACUUCUGCACAAUUUUCGAAUUUAAAUGAAACUUCCAGAGACAGUGGUAGAGAUAAUUCUGAAAUCAUAAGAAGACGCACUAUAGAUGUUUUUAGAAGCAGUAGUGAGAUAGACUCUAAUUCUCUCCAUGAAAUGCGUAAAUACAGAUCCAAGAACGAAAACAGAAAAAGAUCUUUUGAUGUUGUUAGCAACGCUAGCUAUGGAGACACCAAUAAUUUUCAUGAAAUUCAAGAACAAAUUAGAAACGAUAUCGAAAUAAAAAGAAGCAGAUUCUUGGAUGGUUUUAGAAGCGCUAACGAUAUGGACUCCAAUUCUCUCCCUGAAAUUACCGAAAACGGUGGUAGUUACGAUACCGAAAUUCAAAACAGAUCUUUAGAUAUUUCCAAUCUUAAUAUAGAAGAAGCUAAUUCGAAUUUAUUUUUAACUGAGGAAAACCAUUUGACGUCCGAAAAUAAUGAAAAUGAUCUUGCGUUAGUUGCACGUCAGAUGUUACCUGUGCAAAACCAAAUAGAAAUCAAUUCAGAUUUGUCACGUUCCAUUUCUUCAAUUAAUGUUCCUCGUAAUUUUCCUGUUAAUGUAGCCAAGAAACAAUCUCCGAAUCCAGUUAAUAUAUCUUUUGAAAAUGGCAAAUUUUGUCGCGUUUCUGAAAUCCGCUCUCGUGAAAAAGAACAUGACAGUAAAUUCAAAAAAAAUAGUGUAAAUAGAGUUCCUCCUGAUGACGAUUUCGCAAACAAAAAGAAAAGAAAAAUUGAAUCUACGAAUAACGCAAUUGAAAACGCUUUAGUAAAAACAGCAGAUGAGUUACAUAUACUCACAAGUAAUUUAAAUGACUAUAUGAAAAUGAAAACGGAAUUCAUGCGAACUCAAAUGCAAGAAAAGAGAAAUGAUAAGCCAGUUGAUUCGUCUGAAAUUAUUUUUGAGACAAUUGGAAAUAAUUUUAAAAAAUUAUCAUUGUACAAACAAGAACGAGUAUUUAUUAAAGCACUGCGUAUAAUCGAGGAACACACAGUCUUUGAAUAA